ACCUUGAAUCCAGACCAGAGCUCUGACCGGCAGACCAUGAUUCGCAUCGUACCCAGCGAGCAAGGCCAAAACUGUGUGUGUUUCCCUGCAACACCUUAGUGAAAAGGUUGGCUGUGUGAGUGAGGUAUGAAUGUAUUAAUUUCCUGGACACUCAGUUUACUACAGAAAGAUCAACAGGGCUGUGAUAUGUGACAGUGCUCGGAUUUCUCCCCGUGUGGUACAGAGGAAGGAUUGUUUGCGGGGCCGGCAUGAGGUAGGGACCCACUCACCGGAGGGAUGCUACGAUAAACACAGCAUCUUGCCCUGUGACUUGCUCGGGGAGUUUCGGGGGAGCGGCUGGACACACGUGGCCGGGGAGGUGCGUGGCUGCGAGUUGGUCCGACCAGUAAAGGUCUGGACCAAAGGCUGGUCGCUUUCUAAAAUAAACUCACCCUUUGACUUUUGGUCGGGGUUGUGCUGAGCCGGGCCCAGCCUCGUUCAGUGGCGUCUGAGCAGCGCAGGAGGCAGCAUUGGGACUUCUCUCCCCGGAACAAUGCCGACGGUGGACGACAUCCUAGAACACAUAGGGGAAUUCAACUUUUUCCAGAAACAAACAUUUCUCCUCCUCGCUCUGCUCUCUGCCGCCUUCACCCCCAUCUACGUGGGCAUCGUCUUCCUGGGCUUCACCCCGGACCACCGCUGCCGGAGCCCCGGGGUGGCCGAGCUGAGCCGGCGAUGCGGCUGGAGCCUCGCCGAGGAGCUCAGCUACACGGUGCCGGGCCCGGGGCCCGAGGGCCAGGCCUUCCCCCGCCGGUGCCGCCGCUACGAGGUCGACUGGAACCAGAGCGCCCUCGGCUGCGUGGACCCGCUGGCCGGCCUGGCCGCCAACAGCAGCCUCCUGCCUCUGGGCCCCUGUCGGCACGGCUGGGUGUACGACACGCCCGGCUCCUCCAUCGUGACCGAGUUUAACCUAGUGUGUACCAACUCCUGGAUGCUGGACCUGUUUCAGUCGGCUGUGAAUGUAGGAUUUUUUAUCGGUUCUGUGGGUAUCGGCUACACAGCAGACAGGUUUGGCCGUAAGCUCUGCCUCUUGAUUACAAUCCUCAUAAAUGCUUCAUCUGGAGUUCUCGUGGCUAUUUCCCCAACCUAUACAUGGAUGUUAAUUUUUCGCUUGAUCCAAGGACUGGUCAGCAAGGCAGGCUGGUUAAUAGGCUACAUCCUGAUUACAGAAUUUGUUGGGCUGAGCUAUCGGAGAACAGUGGGGAUUUUUUACCAAGUGGCCUUUACGGUUGGGCUCCUGGUGCUUGCUGGGGUGGCAUACGCACUUCCGCACUGGAGAUGGCUGCAGUUCACAGUGACUCUGCCCAACUUCUGCUUCUUGCUCUAUUACUGGUGUGUACCUGAGUCUCCUAGGUGGCUGAUCUCCCAGAACAAAGAUGCUAAAGCCAUGAAAAUCAUUAAGCACAUAGCAAAGAAAAAUGGAAAAUCUCUGCCUGCCUCUCUUCAGAGCCUCGGACCUGAUGAGGAAGUUGGCGAGAAGUUGAAUCCUUCAUUUCUUGACUUGGUCAGAACCCCUCAGAUAAGGAAACACACUUUGAUCUUGAUGUACAACUGGUUCACGAGCUCUGUUCUCUACCAGGGCCUCAUCAUGCACAUGGGCCUCGCCGGGAGCAACAUCUACCUGGACUUCCUCUACUCUGCCCUGGUCGAAUUCCCGGCCGCCUUCAUCAUCCUCGUCACAAUUGACCGCGUGGGUCGCCGUCAUCCAUGGGCUGCAUCGAAUACGGUGGCAGGGGCAGCCUGUUUAGCCUCGGUUUUUAUCCCUGAGGAUCUACACUGGCUAAGAGUUACAGUCGCAUGCUUGGGUAGAAUGGGGAUUACAAUGGCCUAUGAAAUGGUCUGCCUGGUCAAUGCGGAACUGUACCCCACAUUCAUCAGGAACCUUGGGGUCCUCGUCUGCUCCUCCAUGUGUGACAUCGGGGGCAUCAUCACACCGUUCCUGGUCUACCGGCUCACCAACAUCUGGCAUGAGCUUCCCCUGGUGGUUUUUGCUGUAGUUGGCCUGAUUGCUGGAGGACUGGUGUUAUUGCUCCCAGAGACCAAAGGGAAGACUUUGCCUGAGACCAUUGAAGAAGCUGAAAACAUGCAGAGACCAAGAAAAAACAAAGAGAAGAUGAUUUACCUCCAAGUCGAGAAGCUAGACACUCCACUAAACUAAGAAGAGAGAGCUGCUCUGGUUUGCUUCGAUUAAACAAGGCCAGAAUCAGAGAUUUCCACUCUCAUCACAAAGCCCAUACAAUUCAACCUUACUUCUCUUUGAACACUGUUAACCUCGAUCAAUAACCAAAUGGAGUUUGUUGUACUACUGUAUAAAAUCUGCCUAUGGGACGAGGUCCUGCAAUCUUCC